UUUGUUUUUCUUUUUUUUUUGCUAUUCAAUAGGAGAUCGAUUAAUAUGCUUUCUAACCAUUUUCGAAGAUUCGAUCUGUAACUAUUAAAGCAGGUACAGGCUCAGAGUGGGCAGAAAGAGGCGUAAUGUUUGUAGAAGGCGUAAAGGCUGAUGUCUCCGUCAGUGCGUUUUACUGACUCACCUGAACAGGAAGACUUCGCACAGGGCAGCUGUAGUGUCACGGGUAACAACACUUUUCCAAAAAGUAUCCAGAAGCUAUGGCUCUGAAGGUCACAUGCCCAAUCUGCUUGGAGCUCUUCUCUGAUCCAGUUUCUCUUCCCUGUGGUCACACCUAUUGCUUGGCUUGCCUCCAGACCAUGGGAGAAGGUCUUGACCAGCAUAGCUGCCCUGAGUGCCAGGUAGAGUACCAGGGAACCAGCACCCUUGCGAAAAGCUCCAAAAUGUGCAGCCUAGUUGAAGCUUACAAAGCCACUGCUGGGAGAGUCAAACCAAAUGCAGACCCUUCUGAUGUUGAAGCGGCGAGGAGUGAUGCUAGGCCUGGUGCAGUAGAAUCGCACCCUAAAGUGACUGCUGGAGGUAGCCAGGAGAAGAUCUCUGACGCAAAGGAAAAGGAUGACUUAGUAAUCGGGACUGGGUCCGAAGAGCUCCCCUUUUCUUCGCACCAAGAGAAAGACACUCGCAAAGGCAAAAUGGAAAUGGAAGAACCCAAAUUCAGACUUGCAUCUCAAAUCACAGAUUUGGGCUUGAAGUUGGAAAUGGCAGAGAGUUUGCUGAAGAAAGAGAGGGAACGAGAGUCGGAGGUGACAGCUGCUAAUAGUAUGCUGAGAGAGAAAACAUCCAAACUUUUAGAACAGGUGAAAGAUUUGACGCAGAGUUACAGCGCACAGGUGAUGCAGCUGAUCGAAAAAGAGCUGGCUCCAGGUGAGGAAGGUAUAGGCCACAGAGUCAGUCGUGCUUCGGAGCUGACUAAGCAGCUGAGACAAGCUGUGCUCAUGGCAGAGUCCCUCCUGACCGAAGAGGACGAGGCUGCAUUCAGUGGCGAUCUUCAGACUCUACAACCGCGCAUUGCAGAGCUAAUGGCCAAGCCCGUGGAGGAAGAAGUGGACCACAUUGACACAAAAGUCAACGCGGCACGAGCCUGUCCCAAACUGGAAAGCAUGAACACUGAACUGAGGGAAAGAUUCAGAGAGAUUGAGCGCUCCAUUCGGAACGCCCUCAACCCUUCAGAGGUGACCUUUGACGCCGAAACAACCCAUCCAAACCUAGUCCUCUCGGACGACUUGAAGACAGUCACUUUCAGCGCCGCAAAGCAGCCCUACCCACCUUCUCCUCAGAGGUUUACCAACUUCUUACAGGUCCUCAGCACCCAGAGCUUCCAUGAAGGGGAGCACUGCUGGGAUGUGGAGCUGGAGGGGUCUCCGUGGAUCAUAGGCCUGUGCUACAGCAGAAAGUUAGAGCGUACCGGUUUGCCCUCGGCUCUUGAGAGCAGCCGGAGUUCCUGGUGUCUGAUGUGGUUCAAUAAUCUGCUGACAGCCUUUGAGCAGGGUCACAGUGUGCCGCUGAAGAGGACCACAGUGUCAUGCAGGCUGGAGAUCAGACUGAGUUUUAAGACGCACAGACUGAGCUUCUAUAAUGUCAGCCCCAUCAGCGGGAAAACUCAUAUAUACACAUUUAAGGCCAACCUGACUGAACCAGUGUUCCUGGCCUACAGGAUGAUGUCAGGGGUUCCCAAAGCACGUGCCACCAUUCACUCAUAACACUAUUUACAUUAAGAAAAAAUAAAUAAAUGUAUAUAUAAAUGCCAUGCAGAAAAAAAAACAAUGAUAAAAGGAAAACAAAUGUAAGAGUGUAGUUGUGUUGUGUGUGUUAAUUUAAAGUUUAAUGUUGUGUGUCAAACAUAGACAUAAUUGCAGUGUACCUGAAAUAUAGUGCCCAUGAAAAAAGCUUAAAGAAAUAAUUGUAAAGUUUUUAUUUUUGUUGGUAAUGCACUGUAAUGCUUAAUAUGAGUGCUCAGGAAAGAAAACAAAAAAAUAAAAUAAAAUCACAUUCU